GAGUGGCAGCACCAGUUGUGGCCAUUUCGCUCAAUUAAAAUACGGUCUCACCCAUACAAGUUAGAGUGAAAAACAGGGAAAUGUAUGCACUCUCCAGCUCGCUCAUCCGCUCGCCGGCGCUGCGCAAGGGCCUCCAGAUGGCCGCUGCCAACCGGCAGGUGUCGUUGAAAGUGGUCUCCGUGGGAUCGACCCAGAAGGAUGAGAGCUUCUUUGAGAAGAACGAGCGCCUGGGCAGGAAGCUGUCGCCGCAUCUGAGCAUCUACCAGCCACAGCUGACCUCCUUGCUGUCGGUCAUGCAUCGCGGUACUGGCUUGGCCCUGGGCGCUGGUGUCUGGGCGCUGGGAUUGGGUGCCCUGAUCUCAUCUCACGACAUCAACCACUACGUGACCAUGGUGGAGGGUCUGCAGCUGAGCGCCGCCUCACUGACCGCCAUUAAGUUCAUCAUUGCCUAUCCGUUGGGCUACCACACGGCCAACGGCAUCCGUCACCUGUUGUGGGACACCGGGCGCUUCCUCAAGAUCAAGGAGGUCUACUCCACCGGUUAUGCAAUGGUUGCCACCUCGUUCGUGCUGACCGCUAUCUUGGCCCUGCUCUAAGUCCUCCGCGGGGCAGCUAUACCUAUUAAAACCUAGUGUGAACAUGGUGUGAGAAAUCGUUUUAUGCUAAAUACAUGUAAAGUAUAUAUUUAUAAUGAUA